AUGGCUAACGCUUGCUGCCCAUUCUGUGGGUACAAUGGAAACGAACAUGCUGUGCAGUUGCACAUCGAAGAACAUCAUACAGACGACUCGCCAUUCGUCCCGAACGACCAGCAUCCUAGCAAGGAGAAUCGUGUUUCGGCCAACAGCAGUAGUUCUGCCGCUGUCAGCAGUUCCAGCCACGAUUCUAUGCCAUCUGACGAGUGGACGCGAUGCACGCGACCAGGAUGUGGCGAGCAUAUUCAUUUGACCGACAUCGAUGAGCACCUCGAUCUUCAUGUCGCAGCUGCACUGCAAGAACAGGAGAAUGAGAGACCUCCUCCAUUGCCUCCAAGGAGAUCGCCACGGCCAGACAGACCUCAGCCUGCGAGCAGCGGCAAGCCCAGCAGUCCACCACGCAAGCUCGACACGCUAAAGUCGAGACUGGAGAAUAGCCCAAGUCGAGGAUCAGGCAGUAUCUUAAGCUUCUUCUCCGGCACAUCCAACUAUGGCAGGUCAUCGACUGUUCGGCACAUUCGGCCGCCGACCAACCCUGGGCGUCUCGGUAAACGAGAACUUGGACCUUAUGCUUUUGAGCAGCGAAUGCCUGAUAAGGUGCGGCAUAUCCUACUGCACGAUGCUGAGCCAGAGUAUGUGCAACGAAUCGGCAGUGAUGGGCGCCUCGUUAGGCAAGCCUUUGUUCCAAACCAAACGCAAGGCGUGAUCAACGUGCUCGCGGACUUGUGCUCACUCGACAAGGACAACGCCGCUACGUUCCUUUGUCACCCAUGUGUUCGACACAUCCACAAGCUCGAGUGUGAUGGCAACUUCUGUGGCUUCUGGAACAUUCAGGUGCUACUCACUUACGUGCAGCAUAUGGAUCGGCAUGGACCGCAGACGUUACCCACUGUCGUCAAGAUUCAGGAGCUGAUCGAGAAAGCCUGGGACAGUGGCGUGGGUGCGUACGGUAGAACAGAGACGGGAGGCAUUCUCAACACUCGCAAAUGGAUUGGUACUCAAGAAGCCUUGACGUUCUUCACCCGCAUCGGUGUCAACUCACAAGCGCUCGCCUUCAAAGAUGGCAACAGCAACACCGACCCCAUGGCAGCUGAGGAAUUACUGGAUCAUGUCGAGGCCUACUUCAUUAGUGGUGAAGAGACAGCAAGAAGGCAUGGCACUUCUCGCACCACCAACCUGCCUCCGAUCUACUUCCAACGAGCCGGGCAUUCCAUGACCAUCGUCGGAAUCGAACGAAAACACGACGGCUCUCGCAACCUGCUGGUUUUCGACUCGUCCUUCGCGACAUCCAAACCGAUGAUGAGACUGAUCGACGGGCGGAAAGCUCAAGCUUCGAUCGACAACCUUCUCAAGGUUUAUCGCCGCUCGGACGUGUCACUGACCAGAUGGAGCGAGUUCGAGAUCUUGGUACCUUUGAGCAUGCAACGGGCGCAGUCCGCUUGA